CCUCCACUCUCAUGUUCAAACUUGACACACACACACACACACACAUGCCAUGCUGACACGGCUGACAGAUUCACUGCGGUAAAAUGAUUCAGUCCAAUCAGUCCAUCCACUCCCUCUUCUGCUGCUGCUGCUGCGCUCUACAGACCAGUAGCAGCACUCGCGUGGACAUGAACAGAUAUGAGGAAUCCGUCCGUACGACUCAGUGGUCUCAGAAGAAGCUGCCUCCGUCUCCUCCUGAGGAUGAUGACAGCGGAGUGAUGAAGGUGGUGGCAAUGUACGACUUCACCGCCAGAGAGAGUUCAGACCUGACGCUCCAGCGUGGAGAAACAUACAUCAUCCUUCACAAACAAGACCAGCUGUGGUGGAGAGCCAAGGACAGACACGGGAACAAGGGUUUCAUUCCCAGUAACUAUGUUACAGAAAUAGGAUCUAUAGAGGCAAACAACUGGUACUGCAAGAAUGUUAACAGAGCUGAAGCAGAACAUUUACUAAGACAAGAGGGGAAGGACGGAGGGUUUGUGGUCAGAAGCUCCACUCAGCCCAGUGGAUACACAGUGUCAGUUUACACACACAGUUCAGGUAAAGGCGAGGUGAGGCACUACCAGAUAAAGCAGACAGACACAGCUCAGUUUUACUUGGCAGAGAAUCACGUGUUCAGCUCUGUUCCUGAACUCAUCAACUACCACAAAUAUAAUGCGGCAGGGCUGGUGGCCAGACUGCGAUAUCCCAUCGGGCCAAAGGGCCAAUGCCUGCCGGCGACAGCAGGGUUCAGUUCAGAUAAAUGGGAGAUCAACCCGUCGGAGCUGACCUUCAUGAAGGAGCUGGGCUGUGGCCAGUUUGGAGUGGUGCGACUGGGAAAGUGGAGGGCGCAGCAUAAAGUGGCCAUUAAAACCGUCAGGGAAGGAGCCAUGAGUGAAGAUGAUUUCAUAGAGGAAGCCAAGAUCAUGACGCGUCUCUGUCACCCUAAGCUGGUCCAGCUGUACGGUGUGUGUGUGUCUCAGAGGCCCAUCUGCAUCGUGACCGAGUUCAUGGAGAACGGCUGUUUGCUUCACUUCCUGCGGCAGCACAGCAAGACUCUGGGGCGCGUGCAGAUGCUCUUCAUGUGUCAGGACGUCUGUGAAGGCAUGGAGUACCUGGAGCAAAACAACUUCAUACACAGAGACCUGGCCGCGCGGAACUGCCUGGUGAACGAGAGGAACGUUGUGAAGGUGUGUGACUUCGGCAUGACCAGGUACGUGGUGGACAACCAGUACACCAGCUCCAUGGGCUCCAGGUUCCCCGUCAAAUGGUCUCCGCCUGAAGUCCUGCACUUCAACAAGUUCAGCAGCAAGUCAGACGUCUGGUCCUUCGGUGUGCUGGUGUGGGAGGUGUUCUCGGAGGGCCGGAGCCCGUUUGAGAACCGCUCGAAUGUGGAGGUGGUGGAGGAGGUAACGCAGGGCGGGCGUCUGUACAGGCCUCACCGCGCGUCAGGACACAUCUACAACAUCAUGUACCGCUGCUGGCACGAGAGACCUCACGGACGACCAUGUUUCUCUGAGCUACUGCAGAAUAUCAGAGAGAUAAUUGAAGAGGAGACCGACACAUGAACAGACACACACACACACACACACACUCUCAUCUCGCUCACAUAAACACAGAUGUAAACACACACAGUGUGAUGAACUGACAUCAGCAGUGAGAUAUUGAGAUGAUUGUCACACUGUAGAUGGUCAGCUUCAUGUCUGUAAGUUCACAUCAGGGGAGAUGAUGUUUGAUGUGUAAAAACAAAUCGCUUAAUAAACUGAACCUUUUCUAUCAAAA